ACAGCUGUCCUGUUGGUCAUCCACUGACCUCUACAAAGUGUCAGAUCUUCAACUGGCAUACCCCACAUCCUUUUCAGGCAGUAACUACAAUUCACCAUGGCUCCUAAAAAGAAGAGUGUCCGGCAGAGGAAGCUGGCUCUGGAGAAGCCACCACCAGCUAUAUCUGAAGUGAUAGAAGAAACAGCCCUGGACAUUGACCACCUAAACCACCUGAACGGACUGUUGGACUCGGGCACUGGAGGCUUCCGCUGCACCACUACUGAGAUGUGCCAUCCUGAUCAUAGCUCCGUGUUGCUGGAGGAGUUCAGCCGCAUGCGCCAGGAGCGGUUUCUCACAGACCUCGUGCUGGCCACUAAGACAAAGUCCUUUGAUGUACACAAACUGGUGAUGGCCUCCUGCAGCAACUACUUCCGUGAGCUGCUUAAGAGCGAUCCAAAUUUGCAAAGAGUGGAGCUGGAAGCACUAUCUCCCCUUGGCCUGGCCACUGUUAUCACCUACGCCUACAUGGGCAAAAUCAACUUAUCGCUGUACACCAUUGGCUGCACGGUGUCCGCUGCCACCCAGCUCCAGAUCCCCCAGCUCCUGCAGAUGUGCACUGACUUCCUGACACAAGAAAUGACGGUGGAGAACUGUAUGUACAUUUCGAAUAUCGCUGGAACAUAUGGACUGAACUCGGCCCGUGAUGCGGCCCGACUCUUCUUGCGAGAGAACUUUGUUGAAUUCUCAGAGACUGAUCAUUUCCUGAAGCUGACGUAUGAGCAGAUCUCCGAGCUCCUCCUGGAUGAUGUGCUACAGCUACCUUCAGAGGUGACUGCCUUCCAGGUGGCAGUCAAAUGGCUAGAGUUUGAUGCAAAGAGGAUGCGCCAUUCAGGGGAGCUGCUGGCACAUGUGCGCUUUGGCACAAUUUCUGCCCAGGAACUGGUGAGCCAUGUUCAGCCUGUACCAUGUAUGAUGCAAAACCCAGAGUGCCAUCGCUUAUUGGUUGAUGCAAUGAAUUACCACCUGCUGCCAUAUCAGCAAAACAGUUUACAGUCCCGGCGGACCCGAGUCAGAGGUGGCCAGCGAGUGCUGGUGACAGUAGGUGGGCGCCCUUCCCUCACCGAGAAAGCUCUGAGCCGAGAGAUUUUGUAUCGGGACCCUGCCAGUAAGAACUGGUACAAGCUCUCAGAAAUGCCAGCCAAGAGUUUCAAUCAGUGCGUAGCUAUAAUGGAUGGAUUUCUUUAUGUGGUUGGAGGAGAGGAUCAGAAUGAUGCUAGAAACCAGGCCAAGCAUGCCGUGAACAGUGUGUGCAGGUACGACCCUCGUUUUAACGUCUGGCUGCACUUGGCUGGAAUGCAUCAAAGAAGAACACACUUCAGCCUGACAGCCUGCAGUGGAAUGCUGUUUGCUAUUGGGGGGCGCAACUCAGAGGGCAUCCUGUCAUCCAUGGAGUGCUAUGUGCCAUCAUCUAACACCUGGCACAACAAGAAAAGUAUGGAGCUCCCACGAUGCUGCCACUCCAGCACUGUGGUAGAUGGACAGAUCCUGGUUACGGGGGGCUAUAUUAACAGUGCCUACUCUCGCACCACCUGCAGUUACAAUCCUGCCACUGACAGCUGGUACGAGCGUGCAAACCUGAGCACACCUCGAGGGUGGCACUGCAUGGGGGCCAUUGGAGACCUAGCUUAUGUAGUGGGAGGUAGCCAGCUGGGACCACGGGGGGAACGUGUAGAUGUCCUGUCUGUGGAAUGCUACAACCCAGCUAGCGGCCAGUGGGGCUAUGUGUCCCCCUUACCCACAGGGGUCAGCACAGCUGGCCUCACAACUCUUGAAGGUCGGCUCUACCUACUCGGGGGCUGGAACGAGAGUGAAAAGAAAUAUAAGAAAUGUGUGCAGACCUAUGACCCGGCCCUGAAUCUGUGGCUAGAGGACGAGGAGCUGCCAGAAGCUACUGUUGGGGUGUCUUGCUGUACCAUCACCCUGCCACGACCGCCCACAGGCUGCAGCAUGAGCCGGGCCAGCAGUGUGACGUCCACUCCAGCCAGUUUAUAAAUUGAGGAUGGGGUGGGGUGGGGUGGGGUGGGGUAGAGGUGUGGGGGGGAUAGAGGGUGGUUCAUUAGGGAGGAACUAGAAGGAAAAGGGGAAUGGUGUUCACACCACUCCGGCCAAAACCAUUGCACAAUUUCUUUUUUUUUUUUUUUUCACACAGCUACUCAUUUCCAUAUUUAUUUAUUUUAUUUAUGUUUUUGAUAAGGCCUUGUACUGGGCAUUACAGUCCAGUUUGGAUGAAUUUAUCAAGGAAUCACAAAUGCUUGUGUGAGAGGCUAUUGACACAUUCUAAUGGUGCUGAGGGACGGGGUGCAGCCUCCACAUGCUGCCCUUGACCCCAAGGAUCAACAAUAAACAUCUGCUAUGAAUGUCUUCUGGCAUCCACAACAGCUCGAUCCGCAAGAAGAGCACUGUAUGCCAGACCUACCACCUUGAUCCUUGGGUAAGAGGCAGACGGAGACAGCAUGAUAGAAACGAAUCAGAAGCAGGAAUGAAGAGAGUAAAAAUAGA